ACCAUUCUAUCUAAGCCCAAACUUGUCGUUUGCUUUGGCACCAAACUGUCGUCAACUUAGCCACCUCGUUUUACGCCACACGCGGCAAAUUGCUUCGACGCGCCGUCGUUCGCGAUGGCCGUAUCCGAAGCCUCAGCCUACCCUCCCAUCGAGCCAACAAACUUCGAUCUCAUCAUCGUUGGCACUGGCCUGCCGGAAUCCAUUCUCGCCGCCGCCGCAUCCGCCGUCAAGAAGACUGUACUCCACCUCGACCCGAAUUCCUUCUACGGAAGCCACUUCGCCACCCUCUCCCUAAUUGAUCUCACUUCUCAUCUCAACUCUCAUUCCGUCCCCGCACCACCACUACCACCAUCUGCCGCCGGAUCCGGUGAUUCCGAUUACGCCGUCGUGGACCUCGUCCACGAUCCACUCUACUCCGAUAUUGAGGUCGAAUGGCAUGGUUCCGAGGACGAAACCUCGAAGAUUCGAGAAGAUUCCAGAAAAUUCAACAUCGAUUUGGGAGGACCUAGGGCGCUGUUCUGCGCCGAUAGUUGCAUCGAUCUGUUGCUGAAAUCCGGAGCGGCACAGUACCUCGAAUUCAAGGGCGUGGAUGCGAGCCUCGUGUACGAGCCUAAUGGCAGCGGUUUGGCGAACGUGCCGGAUUCUCGCGGAGCGAUUUUCAGGGACAAGAAUCUUUCGCUGAAGGAGAAGAACCAGCUGAUGAGGUUCUUCAAGCUCGUGCAGCAGCACCUUGCUGGUGGUGGCGAUCAAAGUGAAAGUGGCGGCGACAUUCAGAAGAUUUCGCAGGAAGAUCUGGAGAGUCCAUUCGUUAGUUUCCUGGAUAAGAUGCGGUUGCCGCCAAAGAUAAAAUCAAUUCUUUUGUAUGCUAUCGCCAUGUUAGAUUAUGACCAAGACAAUAAUGAGGUUUGCAAAGAUUUGCUCAAGACAAAGGAUGGUAUUGAUCGUUUAGCUCAAUACAGCUCAUCUGUUGGAAGGUUUCCUAAUGCACCAGGGGCUUUGCUUUAUCCUAUUUACGGUGAAGGAGAACUACCACAAGCUUUCUGUCGCCGUGCUGCCGUCAAAGGUUGCAUUUAUGUUCUCAGGAUGCCAGUUACUUCUCUGCUUAUUGAUAAGGUUACUGGGUGUUAUAAAGGUGUCAGACUAGUUUCAGGUCAAGAUUUAUAUAGCCAUCAGCUAAUCAUGGAUCCGUCAUUUGUGAUUCCAUCACCACUGUCCCCAUCUCUAGGCGAUUUUCCCAGAGAGAAGAUCCAAUUAUUGAGUCAGAGAGAUUUGAAAGGAAUGGUGGCCAGGGGGAUAUGCAUCACAAGGAGUUCCAUAAAGCCUGAUUUAUUAAAUUGCUCAGUGGUGUAUCCCCCUAGAUCUUUGUAUCCUGAACAAGUGACGUCGGUCAGAGCUCUUCAAAUAGGAUCAAACCUUGCUGUUUGUCCCGCGGGCACCUUUAUUUUAUACUUCUCCACUGUGUGCAAUGAUGCUGAUGAAGGAAAGAAGUUAUUAAAAGCAGCCAUGAAUGCUCUUCUUACACCGCCUGUGUCUGUAACCUCUGAAAGUAAUCCAAUUGUUCAAAGUGAUAAUGAAGAUGUAAAACCCAUUGUGCUCUGGAAUGCAUUUUAUAUCCAGAAAGUAUUCACGGGUAAAUUUGACUCUAUGACCUCCGCUCCAACACCAGAUGGAAAUCUAAACUACGCUGACAUUUUAGAUGCGACUGAGAAGCUAUUCGGUCAAAUGUACCCAGAUCAAGCAUUCUUUCCAAAGACAGAAUCACCUGAAGAUACUAUGGAUGAGAAUGGAGUGAUUAUGGAAAGCUAAUCGAAGGUCAAGUAGACUGAUCUUCUCGCAGGACUGCAACACCAAUCAUGUGAUCUGGGUGACAGUAAGUUGUGAAGUUAGAUAUAUGCAUCUCCCAAUUUGUAGAUUUAGAUAAGAAGGUCGCAAGUCAAAAUUUUGGGAGAACAAAAACAAAGAGGUCAUCAGGCUCGGAAAAAAAAAAAAAAAACUACUGAGUCUAUAAUGUUUAUCU